CCAAGCCCGUGUGUGGAUUGUGCCGAAUUGCCGAUAUUUAGGAUAUUUAUGGUGAUAUACAUAGCCUUCUGAAAAUAGAACAUGACGGCUAUGUUAUAUAGGCUAAAUACGUAGCUAUAAUCGAUGCAAAUAUAGAUACAAAUAAUGCUUAUAUGCCUCAUAAACCAACAUCAUACAGCAACAGUACCCGAGUUAAUCACCAUGACCCCUUCCGCUAACGUGCACACGAGUAUCGACGACCUACCUCUAGAUGUCCUAGAGUACAUCUAUUCGUUUCUUCCAUUGGAAACCCUUCCUUCUGUAGCCUCUGCCAGUAAAAGGCUGCGUAUGGGUGCCACAGCUAAAGUGCGAGCGGAUCUUCUAAUGAGAGACUGCAUUUCAGAUCACUUUUGUGCCGAUCAUGUGCUGAGGCUGCCGCAGAUGUACUGCUUGCUGGCUCUGAGAAUUGUUGGGGGGGGUAUCUUGGUUGAUCUGGCGGGCCACCCCGGCGAGCUACCUGAAGAAAUGCUGGGCUAUACUCAGCCUCCUUUCGAAGUUGUUACGAGUGCUCUGCAUCAGGUGGUCACGUAUGUUGAUCUCACCGAUGUACCAUCGAGAGCCCAAGUGUGUGAUUGUUUGACACAAUGUUUCGUGAGGGCGUGUGAGCAGGGCGAUCUGGAUAUAGUGAAGUUCAUAGUCGAGGAAUUGAAGUACGAUCCAUCAACUUAUCGAAGUACGGGUCUGAUAACUGCGGCAAGACAUAACAGAGUUAAAGUUUACAAAUAUCUACACGCUGGUGGAAGGUCAGACCCUUCGUUGCAAACAAAUAUGGCUAUAGGCGAUGCUUGCUCACUGGGCUAUCUCGAGAUGGCAAGGCUGUUACUUCUAGAUGAUCGUGUGGAUCCUGGUAUGUAG